AUGCAACCAGUCUCGGAGAAGCUCUUCAAGGGCGCGAAUGCUGCGUACGCCUUCACCGAGACGGUGCACGACGAGCAGAUGAGGGCACGCGACUCCGCGCGAGGAAAGGCUCUGGCCGAUGCCGCGGUGGCCGCCAGUGUCGAAUUCUAUAUCUACAGCACCCUCCCCUCUAUCACUAAGAUCUCCGGCGGCGAAUUCACACGCGGCGAGCACUUCGAUGUCAAGGCCGAAGUCGAGGACUACAUCUGCUCUCUGCCCAUUCGCAGCGCCUUCCUUUCUCCCGGCUCGUUCAUGCAGGUCUUCCUGGGCAUGAUGCUUUACAUUCAGGACUUUGGCUACUGGGGUCCGGAGACUGAGGAACUCCUGGUGGCCAGCGUUGCAGAAGCGCAUGGAAAACUGACUACGCUGGAGGGAUUUUUCGACAAACACGGCGUGAAUUUUCAAUCUGGUCAUUGA